UUUGUAUUUCAGGGGCUCCCCAUGUGUUUUCAGCACUGCAGCUCAGCAGAGAAGUACAGGAGAUGAGUGUGGCCCAGAAGAUCCCCGCGAUGAGCCCAAGCAUCCCCUUUCUGACUGUGCCUUAGAGCACAAAGCCAUCAAAUUAGAAGAACAAGUCCGGGAUUUAACUGAGCGAUACCGGAAAGCUUUGGCAGAUUCUGAGAACGUCCGGAGGAGAACGCAGAAGUUUGUGGAAGAUGCCAAACUCUUUGGGAUCCAGAGUUUCUGCAGGGACCUUGUGGAAGUAGCAGAUAUCUUGGAGAAGACUGCCGAGAGCGCUGCAGAAGAAGCGGAGCCUAGUAAUCCAAAUCCAACCCUGAAGAAAAUCUAUGAAGGCCUCUCUCUCAUAGAGGCCAAAUUGCAAAGUGUAUUUGCCAAACAUGGCCUUCAGAAGAUGAACCCUGUUGGUGGCAAAUAUGAUCCAUAUGACCAUGAAAUAGUCUGCCAUGUACCAGCCGAGGGAAUGCAGCCCGGCACGAUAGCACUGGUGACUCAGGACGGCUAUAAACUACAUGGUCGCACUAUCAGACACGCGCUCGUCGGCGUGGCAGUAGAGUCACAGGAAUGAUGUGGGCUUACCCACUGGCAUCUGGGACCUUGCUGAGCUGAGGACCCCUCAGCACUCAGUCACAACUGCAGCUGCAUGUCUUUUACUUAUUUAUUAAGCUAGGUUUGUAUUGUAUGUUGGCUUCUUUAUAAUGUGUGCAGUCAUUUUGCCAUUAAUUCUAAGGUACUUGUAUAUUUAAUAAUCCUUUUUGGAGUAUGUGGAGUCGUACUGGGAGUCCUGCUAUUUGUCAGAAACUUGGCACUGUAGCCCCUUUCUCCGUUGCUCAUUUCUCCAUUAAGACUUGUGUGGGGAAGAGGGGAGAUAGGAGAGAGAAAGGGAAAUUCUCUGAGAGCUAAGGAAUCUUGUCUCCUGGUUCCAUCUCUGAGACAGAUUCCUGCAGUGGCCUUCAGGAAAGUAACUUCUCUGCCUCAGUUUCCAUAUCUGUAUUAAGGGAAUAUAAUAAUACUUACUGACCUACCUCA